GGAGAAACUUUGGAUCCAAUUCGAAAACCAUGUCGAGCUUAUCAACUCCAACACUUUGCACUCUUCGUUUCUCCAGCAACGUCAGACCGUCGGCGUUGGCGUCCUUUGCGGUUCGGGUUGUGAACCCGGUGGGGCAGAGGAGGGAGGUUGGGAUGAGAGUGAUGGCGGUGGCCAAGUUCAAGGGGACGCAGAUGAGGGAGAAGAAGCUGACGGAGAUGAUCGAGAAGAAGGUUCUGGAAGCCAAGGAGGUGUGCGGCGAGGGAAAUCCGAUCACGGACGAGUGCAAGGUGGCGUGGGACGAGGUGGAGGAGGUGAGUCAAGCCAAGGCCGAUCUCAGGCUCAAGUUGAAGGACAGUGAUCCUCUCGAGUCGUAUUGCGAGGAUAAUCCUGAGACCGAGGAGUGUCGAAUCUACGAGGAUUGAUCAUCAUCCAUCUGCAUCAUUGUCUUAUAUAGAUUGUGUGCUGCUGUGCUCAGAUUUGAUGUGUAUUAGUUCAGUAAUAACCGACUGUAAUGUUCUAACUAUUAUGUUUGUUCGAUCAAGGAAGGAAUGAAACCUGUUAUGACGUGUUUCUUUGUA